GCGGGCCGGGUCACAAGGGUCGAUAGGCGCCAUUUUUAUUAUAAUCACAGAACAGACGAUAACAUAUGGCUAAUAUUUCACCCAAACUAUGAUGAUACUAGCAUAAAUUAUGUAGUUGUUCUACGUUUUUGCUGUUACUUGAAGGGAAGAAUGGAUACAAUACGACUGUCAACGAGAUUACAUGGCUGGAGAAUACUCCUUGAGUCGUCCUAGCCCUGCAGCCAUGGACACCUACACGUGGAUCAUCCUGGCCGUGGUGCUCUGCGCCAUCGUGGGACAGAUCAUCCUCGGCUUCUGUGUGUGGUUCUGUGUGCAACACUUCCGGCAGAAGAAGGCAGCCAGGUUCAAGGAGAAGCUGAUAGACAACCGACAGGAGGACGAGGAAGCCAAGCAGUUUCAGGAGUACCACGAAUGGGAGUCACAGAGUCCUCGGAAGCUUUCCUCAGUGUCCUUACAGAAUCAGCCUCCACCACUGAAGCCAGCGAUCGUUGUCUCGGAGCCUGAACAGGUCCAACCCCCGACGAAAAGCUACGCCAGCCCGCCUGCCCUCAUCCCGACUAAACAAGGCCCUGUAGAGCUCGAGAAAUACCUCCUCGGCAUGGACGACUCAGGAAGCGAAGCUGGAGACGCCAUCUCCGACACCACCACUCAAGACUCCACGGCCUUCUCAGGAAACCUGGGCUUCAAACUGGUGUACAGAAGGGCAAAGGAGGAACUCGUGGUGACCAUUCAAAAAGCUACAGGCCUGCCGACAAAAUGCAAGAACCCGUACGUAUCAGUGGUUCUACUCCCCGACAUGAAAACACGCUACCUCACCAAAGUGCAGAAGCUCACAGCCAACCCCGAGUUCAACGAAAUCUUCAUAUUCCCCAUCAAGGAGGCCGACCUCUCGUCUAGGACACUGCGGUUUGACAUCAUGAACAUGGGAGGAAAGUUCUCGAAAAACAAAUUGAUGGGAACAGUCCUGUAUCCUUUCGAAGGGCGGGAUAUCUCUUCCUUUGCCAAGGAAGAUGACAACGAAGAGGGAGUAUCAGAGGACCUGACGGCAAGACAUCUUACACAGACUGAUUAUGACGUCCUGGAGAACAAGGGUGACAUUCAGCUGAGCUUCAGCUUCAUGCCGAAGACUGACGUCCUGUCCGUCACUGUCCUGGAGGCAAAGAACGUCUCAGUUCCGGGAAUAGACGCAAUCCUAUCCAGGAAGGACAUUCAACUGUAUGUUCGAGUGGCGCUGUUCGUAGACAACCAAGUCAUCAAGACCAAACGAUCUGUGGUGAAGUCAGGGACAACCAGUCCGGUCUACAAGCAAAUCUUCAACUUCGACGUCGCCAAGUAUGGAGUAGAUGCUGUUGGUCUGAAGGUGUCUGUGUGUCAGCAGAAGACUGGAGAACGAGAUACGCUGGGGAAGGUGUUCCUAGGCCCGGGCACACGCCACAGCCUGUCCGCCAUGAUCGGCACUGGUGACGCACGCUGGUACGCUCUGGUGUGAGCAACGUCUGCUUGGUCACCUGCUAUCCCGCGCAAGGAUGACACCUAGCAGGUUUAAGUAAAACUGCAGAAAGUUUAGCAAAUGAUUUGGCCACAGCAAGUAACAUCUGCUUGGGGAUGACAAAAUUGUGCAUACUUAUGUCUAUGGGGUAGUUCUAAUCUUGGUGUUUAUUUAUGUUUGUAGAAUUUAAGGCUGGAGCAAAAUGUAGGAAUACAAACUAGGGUGCUUGGUAAUCUCAGUUAUAAGAUGGCAUAGUUUUAUGGAAAAUUGAGACAUGUAUUCAGUUAAAGUUAGCCUCAUAUUUAUUUAAGCAAAACAAACAAAAAUAAAAAAAAAGAUGGAACAUAAUUACUUUUAAUGACUGUAAGACUAACGUGUAUGUAACAAAUUAGCACCUACAUGGAUGUUAUCUCAUAAAUCACCAUACUAACAAAAUUAUACAAAUAUUCAAUACCUUUUAAAUUAUUGGCUGAAUGCAUUAUGACUAAUGAAAAGAAUGACAUGGGAUACUAACUCAGUGUGUAGUUUUGCAGGGAAUAACUGUAAUAGGUGUAACUUCUGUAUGCUAAUCUGGUUUGAUACUUCUAACUGAAUUCAAUGCUUACGUUCAAUGCAUAGUACAUCUAAACAAGAAAGGACUAGAUAAUCCUAUAUUUGCAGUUACCAGUUUAAACCAGUCUUAUAACACUGCUACAGGUAUCUCAUUUCAAACACAUUGUCUAUGAUGGUGGAAAUAAAAGAAAUACUGAUGUAAAAAA